CUUGGUGCGAGAAUUGCAACAACAAAAAAAAGCACCAAUAAAACCAAUUGUGACGAAAGUACACUCUAUCAAUUGGAAAUUUUAAUUAAAUUUCACCACUGUUUAGUGAUCACACAACUGAACGGCAAAUAUUUGUUUGUGCGAAGUGGACGUGUGUCACGUGUGACCAAUUUGAAAUGCGUUCGGCGAGAUGAUUACCCUCUACUUAGUCCGUGCUUUUGCGCUUUGUGUUUUGAUUGUUUCACCGCAGAUAUGUUUUGGCAAAAAGAAAACACUACACAUAGGAAUAUUUUUGGACGAAGAUGAUAUUGAUCCCGUUAAACUAAUAGCUUUACAAAGUGCUACUUACAGAAUCAAUGCAUUAUCACAAAGAUACGAAUUAAAACCUCACAUUUAUGAUGUGAAAAAUACUGAUAUUUAUAAGACCGGAAAAGCAGUCUGCGAAUUAUUAGAAAAGGGAGUGGCGGCAAUUUUUGGACCGGAGUCGGGAGAAAUAAAUGAAAUAAUUCAAUCGACGUCCCUAGCCCUCCAAAUUCCACAUUUUCAAACGUUUUGGAAUCCAAAAUUAGUCUCGUUUUCCGAGCAACUACCGCCCGACAAGUCAAUUCCAGUUUUCAACUUAUAUCCCAGUCCCCGCACAUUGGCACAGGGCAUCGCGACGUUGGUAAGGGAAAGCAACUGGAACACUUACACAAUAAUUUACGAGAAUGAUGAGGGACUUGUCAGGCUUCAGGAGACUCUAAAUCAAAGACUCUCCGGCGACCCAGUCAUCACUUACAGAAAACUAGGUCCAGGGCCGGAUCACAGGACGUUAUUGAAAGAUAUUCGAAGGUCUGGCGUUGCACAAAUCAUUUUGGACUGUCAUAUCGACAACAUAUUGAUAAUAUUACGCCAAGCACAAGAAGUAAAAUUGUUGGAGGAAUAUCAUAGCUACAUAUUAACCAAUUUGGAUGCACAUACGCUUGACUGGAAAGAAUUCGAGAACGUUCAGACAAACAUUACAGCCAUUAGGCUUCUUGAUCCGAAUGGCGCUGCCUUAAAAGAUGUAAUACGAGAUUGGCAACUGGCCGUGGAAAAUCAACAGCAUAAAGGAAUUGAAAUUGCUUCAAAAUCAGUGAGGGUUAAGACAGCUUUAUUCUACGACGCAAUAAACUUAUUCAUAAAUUCGUUCGCUGCACUGGAAGAAAGCAGAAUCAGCGAAAGAUUGCCAGUAAAAUCUUUGAGCUGCGACAGAUAUGAAACUUCAUCACACGGAUUUCAAUUGUCGGAGUUGAUACGCAAGGAGUGCAACAAUUCUCUGGACACGCGGCCAAGUUUGGAUUUAAAGAUGUGUAGAAAUAUUUUAAUUGGAGAUAAUCCAUUUUUGCGUCAUCAUACUCCACGCAAGGAAAGACUCCCGGGUCCUCUAACAGGAUUAUUGCAGUUUGAUACGAAUGGAGAAAGAGACUAUUAUGAAUUACAAGUGAUCGAACUGGUUAAGUCUGAUUUUAGGGUGACCAGUACUUGGAAGCCAACAACACCCGACAUUUUACAUAUGACGGUGUCGACUGCUGAAAGAGAGAAGGAAUACGAGAAACAACUCACUAUGAAGAAUUUUAGAGUUGUAUCCAGACUUGGUGCUCCAUAUUUAAUGAGAAAAGCAGAUCCUCCGGCAACGGUGCUAAAAGGAAACGAUAGAUUCGAGGGAUACGCUGUGGAUUUAAUGGAGAAAAUCUGUGGUUAUCUGAAUUGCAGUUUUACAUUUGAAGUUGUACCAGAUGGUCAGUAUGGUAACUACAAUCCAGAGAAAAAGGAAUGGAACGGAUUAAUCAGAGAACUUCUAGAUAGGAAAGCUGAUUUGGCUGUUUGCGAUUUAACAAUCACAUACGAACGACGUAAGGCAGUCGACUUCACGAUGCCCUUCAUGACACUAGGUAUUAGUAUUCUGUACGCAAAAGCUGUUAAGGAACCGCCGGAGCUUUUAUCUUUCACCAAUCCCUUAUCUCUCGACGUCUGGCUCUACAUGGCGACCGCCUAUCUUGUGAUGUCCAUGCUAAUCUUUUUAGUUGCCAGGCUAAAUCCGAACGAUUGGGAGAAUCCUCAUCCUUGUGAUCCGUGCCCGCAAGAAUUGGAAAAUAUUUGGAACAUAAAAAAUUGUUGUUGGCUGACCCUCGGUUCCAUCAUGGCUCAAGGUUGCGACAUGUUGCCGAAAGGAAUAUCGACUCGGAUGGUUGCUGGAAUGUGGUGGUUUUUCUCCCUAAUCAUGACCGCCUGUUACACUGCUAAUUUGGCUGCAUUUCUUACGAUGGAACGUAUGGGUCCGACUAUCGAAAGUGCAGAUGACUUGGCUAGUCAAACGAAGAUUAAAUAUGGAUGUUUGAAUGGCGGUGCCACUUCGUCGUUCUUUCGCGAAACAAACUUCUCGACGUAUCACAGGAUGUGGGUGCAAAUGGAGUCCGCAGAUCCGAGCGUCUUCGUCAAGGACAACAAGGAGGGUGUGAAUCGGGUCUUGACCAGCAACAGGAAAUACGCUUAUCUUAUGGAGAGCACCUCCAUUGAGUACGAAAUGGAGAGGAACUGCGAUCUGAUGCAAGUGGGCGGUUGGUUGGACUCGAAGGGCUACGGAAUCGCCAUGCCAACGAAUGCGCAAUAUAGAAAACAAAUAAAUGAGGCUAUUUUGAAAAUGCAGGAAAGCAGCGCUUUGAGCCAACUAAAGGAUAAAUGGUGGACGGAAAUGCACGGCGGUGGUAAAUGCAAAGAGGCCAAACAUUCAGAGGAAGCGACAGCGACCGAACUGGGGUUGGACCACGUGGGUGGCGUGUUCGUCGUACUCGCCGGCGGCAUCGCGUUGGCGCUCAUCAUCGCCGUUUGCGAAUUCCUCUGGAACGUCCGAAAAGUUGCCGUCAACGGACAGAUGACGCUUAAAGAAGCAUUUGAUUUGGAAUUAAAAUUUGCCAUGGACAUAUGGGCCAGAAAAAAAGCAACAAAGCCUACCUCGUCCAAUUCUGCAAGCAUGGAAAAAGUUUCCUAGUCACAUUACACGUUUGACUUGCUGAUAUGUAAUUAAAUAACAAAAUACUUAUUUUUAUAUCACAUGAGUAACA